AAGGAGGAAGGAAGGAAGGAAGGAGGAAGGAAGGAAGGAAGGAGACUAAAGACCCUUUCUCCAGUCCAAAUCACUCACAUUACAUUUAAAGAAACAGGGGCCCAGAGAGGAAGUGACUUACGCAAAUGUCCUAACAGCUUGUUAAGGGCAGAGCAGGGUCCAAAACCCAGACCUGCUGAACUUUGGCUCCAUCCUCUGUUCAUGUUGCCACGCUGCCUUCUGACCUAACACACACACACACACACACGCACACGCACACACACGUCACUUUUCCCACCACAGCUCAUAACCAAGUGACCCACAAAAUAUCUUCAUACACAUCUUGAGAAUCCACCACAAUGGCGGCUGCUUGGUCUCACAGCUCAGGCUUUCCGCUGCCCUACCCUGACAUGCAGUCAGUCACCCAGGGAAGAAUCAGUGUUAGCGCCAGCUCCCGGAGUUUCUCUCUCAGAGGAGCUCGAGAAUAGCAAUCUUGUUAGAAGCCAGAGAAAGCUGUUUGCAUGGCAGGAACAGUUUUUACUUACACUGAAUGGCUCUUUGGAGUGGCUGGUGGAGAGGGUAUAUAGCGGGGAGGCUGGUAGAGAACAUGGAGAGAGAGGGCUAAAGCCUUUGGGACUACCAUUGGAGGGAACCAAGUUAAGGGUUAAGAGGAUGUAUAGGAACCCCACGGAGGCCUCCAGAGCUGAGUCCAGAUGAGCCUGACGGUGGGAAGAGGAGGAAAAGGUCAGGUUGAGGGAAAGGACUCCAGGUUGAGGCAGUCUGGGAUCUUACAGCUGUUCCUGGAACUCUCCCAAACCGUACUUAUGAGCAGUUCAGAGAAGCUGUCAGGUGGCCGAAAAGGGCGAGAAGAGGACACACUCUACAGACGGAUUAUCUGAGGGCUGAGCAUGAGGUCUCAGGGAAAAAAUUCCAGAGUGCCUGGGAGAGGAGGCUAUGGUGGCACCUAGGUAACUCUUACUACUCUGGAGAUUCCUUUAGGUGAUCCUUGGCCCCUGGAAGGGGGAGCCCUAGGAGAUGGGUAGAGGACAGUGCAGGCCUUAGCCCCAGAGCCCUCAGACAAAUAAUUUGGGCCUGGAUGGCACAGGAUUUGAUGAGGGGCACACUGGGUAGGCUGCCUUCUCAAAAUACCAUCCAUCCCCUGUCUAUAGUGAGCACUGGGGAUUUCACUCUUAAAAAUCUGUCCCUUUGGGUCUGGGAAGUGUUUUUAAACAUCCUUUAGAACAGGGAAAAUAAUCCUGGGUCGGGCACCAAUGAAGGUAAAGCUCAGACAGAACAAGAUCCAGGCAUGCUCCAGAGGUGCUGAGCUUGACAAGGGUAAGAGAUCUAAAGAUAAACUCUGGGGUGCUCUCAUUUUUGCCCAAGAUCAGCUUUGCUCCAAACCCUGAUCCCCAGAAGGACUUCUUUAGGCCAUCUUGGUUCCUGAAUGAUCAGUGGGCAGUUUGAGCUGUGCAUACCCCAUGGUCCUGUCUAGCGAGGGGCAGGGCCCAAAGGCAGUCAUUAGCUCAUCACAACCUUGGGUUGCCCUCCAGCCUGCUGAUCCAAAGUCCCAGGCCAAGUCUUCCAGUCUGAACUUUAACCAGGUGACACACAGCAUGUCGGCAUUAGUAAGUGUCAACCUAGAACUGGACCUGUGCCUGAUUCAUCCAGGAAGCUGAACCCAGGCGGCAGAACAAACACCCUUAAGCAGCUCCUGCCUGGCAUGGGGUGAGAGGUUAUCUGGCCCAACAGACAGAGACUUUGUUUGCUUUAGUCUCCUCCUCUUUCUCAUCCCCACUUGCCAGGCUCCCUCAUUCCUUUCUCUCUGUCCAUCUCUGGGUCAGGAACUGUGUGGUUUUUUUCCAGAUGAUGCAAGAAGACCUAUCUAUCUAUCUAUCUAUCUAUCUAUUUAUUUAUUUGAAGGUGAUUCUAGACUUGGGCAUUGAAAGGGGUACAGCAGGAGCUGAUAAAGAAGUAUAGCAGGAGCCUCUGGGAGAGGAAGCCAGAAGUGGUUUGGACGGGGAUUAGAUGGAACAAAGAGGUCAGAGAUCUGGGGGGCCACCGUCCCACCCCCUACCCCGGGUGCCACCUGUCUAUAGUUGGGGCAGAUCCUGCUUUUCUCUUGGGACAAUGCCAGCCUGACCUCAUUUUCUGCCUUCAUGGCCAGUUUGCUUUUGACACUAAUUGAUGGACACUCAAGACCAUUAAUUUUGUUUCACGUCCCCUCCCCCUUCCUAAUACAAAUGCAAACAGCGUGGGAAUCCCCUUGCAGAGGAAGCAACGGUGCAGCUUUAAGGGAAAGGGAAGGGAAGAAGAGGGCACUGACUCAGAUUUCCCCACCAUUGGCUGCUGGAGGGGAUCCCACCUCAGGGAUUGGCCUUGACAGAGCCCGCCUCCUCUUGCGAUUGGCUCAGCCUGGGAGAUAUAAGGUGGCUGUGCCGGCCUCGUUUCCAUUCGGAGGGAGGCGAGGAAGCCGGCCGAGUUUUUGUGCUGAGAGGCCCCUGGCGCAACCCUCUCCUCUCUGAAUCGGAGUCCAAGUCCCGCGGAGGCUACGGUCAUGAAGGAGAGACGGCCCCCCCAGCCAGUCGUGGCCAGAUGUAAGCUGGUUCUGGUGGGGGAUGUGCAGUGCGGGAAGACAGCGAUGUUACAGGUGUUAGCGAAGGACUGCUAUCCCGAGACAUAUGUGCCCACCGUGUUUGAGAAUUACACAGCCUGCUUGGAGACAGAGGAACAGAGGGUGGAGCUCAGUCUCUGGGACACCUCAGGAUCUCCCUACUAUGACAACGUCCGUCCACUCUGCUAUAGCGACUCAGAUGCAGUAUUACUGUGCUUUGAUAUCAGCCGACCGGAGACAGUGGAUAGUGCACUCAAGAAGUGGAGGACAGAAAUCCUGGACUAUUGUCCUAGCACCCGCGUUUUGCUUAUUGGCUGCAAGACAGACCUGCGAACAGACCUGAGCACACUGAUGGAGCUGUCCCACCAGAAACAGGCACCUAUCUCCUACGAGCAGGGCUGUGCAAUAGCCAAGCAGCUGGGUGCAGAAAUCUACCUGGAAGGCUCGGCUUUUACCUCAGAAAAGAGUAUCCACAGCAUCUUCCGGACAGCAUCCAUGGUGUGUCUGAACAAGCCCAGCCCAGUGCCCCCCAAGAGCCCUGUCCGAAGCCUCUCCAAGCGACUGCUUCACCUCCCCAGUCGUUCCGAACUCAUCUCUUCUACCUUCAAGAAGGAAAAGGCCAAAAGCUGUUCCAUUAUGUGAAGUGGGGGUUGGAGAGGGGAGGCAACCUCCCACUUCCUCCCUUGGGUUGCAGAGGCACGGGGAGAGGGAGGACGGGACAAUUUAGGACACUGGACACGAGUUUUUCAGACAGCCACGGUGAGGGCUUGGAAGGAGACAGGAAUGGGACGAGGAAAGAGCCAGGCCCGGCUUGAGGACCUGACACUGAGAAAGAACCAUCACACCCCAAGCCAGGCACUAGGUUGUGGUGGGGGCGGCUGCCCCAGUGUCCCCCGCUCCAGAGGAAGGAAAGGUGUGGGGGUGUGGGGGGCAUGCUGGCCUCAUGAGCUUGGGGGCCUAUAGGAGCCUCACCUUCAGCAUCAUGCCUCUUCCACAGCGCUUCCAUGCGGGCCAGGGGAUGGGAGGGGUCCCUGAGCCCUUCCCGUCCCCUCUGAGGAGGCCACAGAGGAGUGGAGCGGGGAAGCCAAGAGGCAGCUCCCUUGGGAGCUGUGCCCAGGUGCUUCAUAACUGAAAUGAGAAGGGCAGGAGCUGGUCAGAGCCAAUGAGAAGGAAACCUCAUCUUUGCAUAGCCCAUGCCUCAUGGAGAGGUGACAUCAUACAUUCAUAUGCUUCUCACCUAAGUCCCCAGGGUCCAAGGGAGAAGCCCCAGACCCCCUUCUCUUGCAGUGUGGGGGUGGUGGUGCUGCAG